CGGCGGCCCGGCGCGGGGGGAGGGGGGCGCUGACCCGGAUGUUCACUCCUGGGCACCCGGGGAAGUGGAAGCGCCGGGCCCUGCUGCGGGGGGGAGAGCCACAGACGCCGGGACGGGACCGCCGCCGCCGCCGCCACCAUGAGUGAUCAGCAGCUGGACUGUGCCUUGGACUUGAUGAGGCGCCUGCCUCCACAGCAAAUCGAGAAAAACCUCAGCGACCUGAUCGACCUGGUCCCCAGUCUAUGUGAAGAUCUCCUGUCUUCUGUCGACCAGCCACUGAAAAUCGCUAGAGACAAGGUGGUGGGGAAGGAUUACCUUUUGUGCGACUACAACAGAGAUGGGGACUCCUACAGGUCACCGUGGAGUAACAAGUAUGACCCUCCCUUGGAAGAUGGGGCCAUGCCUUCUGCUCGGCUGAGAAAGCUGGAGGUGGAAGCCAACAAUGCCUUUGACCAGUACCGAGACCUGUAUUUUGAAGGCGGUGUCUCAUCUGUCUACCUCUGGGAUCUGGAUCACGGUUUCGCUGGCGUGAUCCUCAUAAAGAAGGCUGGAGACGGAUCAAAGAAGAUCAAAGGCUGCUGGGAUUCCAUCCACGUGGUGGAAGUGCAGGAAAAGUCCAGCGGUCGCACCGCGCAUUACAAGCUGACCUCCACGGUGAUGCUGUGGCUGCAAACCAACAAAUCUGGCUCUGGCACCAUGAACCUCGGAGGAAGCCUUACCAGACAGAUGGAGAAGGAUGAGACUGUGAGCGACUGCUCCCCGCACAUAGCCAACAUCGGGCGCCUGGUAGAGGACAUGGAAAAUAAAAUCAGAAGUACGCUGAAUGAGAUCUACUUUGGAAAGACGAAGGACAUCGUCAACGGGCUGAGAUCUGUUGACGUUAUCCCCGACAACCCCAAGUUUCAGCAGCUGCAGAGGGAGCUUUCCCAAGUGCUGACACAGCGCCAGAUCCACAUCCAGCCUGAUAACUAAGCCGCCAGGUCUGUGCAGACUUUUGCAGACAAAUCAAAACAAGAAGCUCUUAAGAACGACCUGGUGGAGGCUUUGAAGAGAAAGCAGCAGUGUUAAGCCUCUGCUUCCCACUAACCGGACACGCCCGCCGUGCGCUCCUUAGAUUCCUUUCUUAGAAACUUGUUUUCUGCUCCCUCCCUCGAACCUCCCCUCCCCGACAGGUCAGUGACAACUCGCAUCACCACCGCACAGCGCCAUCUCUCCCUGAGAAUAAACCCAGUGAAUCCCGUCUUGUCUCCGAGGCCUACUCCCCGCCCCCCCACUUUUUGCUAUCAGAACUCUCCGUAUUUCCAUAGAGACCUUGUUUUCGUUUGCCCCGCCCCCCCCCCACCACCACCCAUUUAUAGGCAUAAAAUACACUGUCUGCCUCCCUUCCCUCCCACCUUUUUGUUACAUUGGUGUAAAAAAUGUAAAACAAAAAAAUUUUAUGAAAUAACUGUGGUGUGUGAAAGAUAGAAGCAAAACUGGAAAUCUGAUUCCACGUGUGUUUGGGAGUUGCUUGGGGUUGGGGGGGGACAGGGCACGGCUCUGGGAGAAAGGAGAGGUGGCCCUCAGCAUCGUCCCGCAAGCCUGGCCCCUGUCCCGCGGAGACCACGAGGUGGGGGGGCGGGGGCGGGACCUGCGGACCGUCCUGCUCUUCUGGCCAGGUGCUUUUCUGUCCAUUUUUAUGGAAUGCAAAAGGAGUUUUUGUUUUAUUUUGUUUUUUUGUAAAGCUUAAAAAAAA